CCACGGCGCAAGCGCAUUGGAGCCGCCGAGCCAAACUGCAGCCAUGGAGCAGGCACCUCGGGAUCCCGAGCGGCAAUUGCAGCCAGCGCCCCUAGAGCCGCUGGGCCACCCCGAUGCGGGGCUUCAGUCUGCGGUCGGUGAGGAAGCAGAGGGGGCCCGAGACGAGAGCCCCGGGGAGGGCACGAUGACUGAAAAUAAUUUUUGGUUGAAGAAGAUAGAAAUUAGUGUUUCAGAAGCAGAAAAGCGAACUGGAAGAAAUGCCAUGAACAUGCAAGAAACAUAUACUGCUUACCUCAUUGAAACAAGGUCAGUUGAACAUACUGAUGGUCAAAGUGUCCUAACAGACUCACUGUGGAGGCGGUAUAGUGAAUUUGAAUUGUUGAGAAACUACCUUUUAGUUUACUAUCCCCAUAUUGUUGUGCCACCUCUACCAGAAAAAAGGGCAGAAUUCGUUUGGCAUAAACUCUCCGCUGACAACAUGGACCCUGAUUUUGUGGAAAGACGACGGAUUGGCUUGGAAAACUUUCUCUUGAGAGUUGCCUCGCAUCCCAUCCUUUGUAGAGACAAAAUCUUCUAUUUGUUUUUAACACAGGAAGGUAACUGGAAGGAGACCGUGAAUGAAACUGGGUUUCAACUGAAGGCAGACUCCAGGUUAAAAGCGCUUAAUGCAACAUUCAGAGUGAAAAACCCAGACAAGAGAUUUACAGAACUAAAACACUACAGUGAUGAACUACAGUCUGUCAUCUCACAUCUUCUUCGAGUUAGAGCUAGAGUAGCAGAUCGACUGUAUGGUGUAUAUAAAGUACAUGGGAAUUAUGGGCGAGUUUUCAGUGAGUGGAGUGCCAUAGAGAAAGAAAUGGGGGAUGGACUGCAGAGUGCUGGUCACCAUAUGGAUGUGUAUGCAUCUUCUAUUGAUGAUAUUUUAGAAGAUGAAGAACAUUAUGCAGAUCAGUUAAAGGAGUAUCUGUUUUAUGCAGAAGCAUUGCGGGCUGUAUGCAGGAAACAUGAACUUAUGCAGUAUGACUUGGAGAUGGCUGCUCAGGACCUAGCAUCCAAAAAGCAGCAAUGUGAGGAACUGGCAACUGGGACCGUGAGAACGUUUUCUUUGAAGGGAAUGACUACCAAGCUCUUUGGUCAAGAAACUCCAGAGCAGAGAGAAGCCAGAAUAAAGGUGCUAGAAGAACAAAUAAAUGAAGGAGAACAACAGUUAAAGUCUAAAAAUCUGGAAGGCAGAGAAUUUGUGAAAAAUGCUUGGGCUGAUAUUGAACGCUUCAAAGAACAAAAGAACCAUGAUUUAAAGGAGGCCCUCAUAAGCUAUGCAGUCAUGCAGAUCAGUAUGUGCAAAAAGGGAAUUCAAGUUUGGACCAAUGCUAAGGAAUGCUUUAGCAAGAUGUAAUCUUGUGAAAUGAAUUUCUCUUCAAUCAAAGUGCCCCAGAACAGAAGCACAAGUAAAU